CACAGGCUCCGUCAGCGUCAGUCCGCGCCAGAGUGACUAAGAUGGAAGCCGGGGGGAUGCGGCUGCCGUUCUGGGCCGGGGGCCCGGCCCCGGGGGAGCUGUACAGCCUGCCCUGCCUCAGCGCGGCCGGGCCGGGCCUGGACUCCCAGGCCGGGGCCGGGGGCCCCCUCACGCGGACCCAGAAUCCCAUGGUGACAGGCACCUCGGUGCUGGGAGUGAAGUUUGACGGCGGUGUGAUCAUCGCUGCAGACAUGCUGGGCUCCUACGGCUCUCUGGCCCGGUUUCGUAACAUUUCCAGGAUCAUGAAAGUGAACGAUAACACUGUGCUUGGCGCGUCUGGGGACUACGCUGAUUUCCAGUACCUCAAGCAGGUCAUUGACCAGAUGGUAAUCAAUGAGGAGCUGUUGGGAGAUGGUCACAGUUACAGUCCAAAGGCCAUUCACUCCUGGCUGACCAGAGCCAUGUACAGCCGGAGAUCCAAGAUGAAUCCGCUCUGGAAUACUGUCGUUAUUGGAGGCUUUUACAAUGGGGAGAGUUUUCUAGGGUACGUUGACAUGUUGGGUGUUGCCUACGAAGACCCUACACUCGCUACUGGCUAUGGAGCGUAUCUAGCUCAGCCAUUAAUGAGAGAAGUCUUAGAGAAGAAACCCAUCCUGACGAAGGAUGAGGCCCGGGACCUGAUUGAGCGCUGCAUGAAAAUCCUGUAUUACAGAGAUGCCCGAUCAUUUAACAGAUACGAACUUGCCAUUGUGACCGAGAAAGGAGUUGAAGUAGAAGGACCUCUGUCCGUAGAAACCAACUGGGACAUAGCACAUCUUAUCCGUGGCUUUGAAUGAAAUCUGAAGAAUUGCUUGACGCUGGUGCAUCCAUAUCGCCUUUCAUAUGCACGGUUUAAAUCAGUUAUCUACCAGAGCUUAGAGCUCUGAGUGACCCUGAGUUAUACAAGUUUUGUAAAUGAAAUAAAUAUGUUGAAACAA